AUGUCUACCAAGACCCCUUCCCGGGUUGUCUUUGUGGGCAACAUCCCCUAUGGCUUGUCUGAGGAGCAGAUCAGCGAGCUGUUCAGCAGUGCUGGCCAGGUUCUGAACUUCCGCCUUGUCUACGAUAGAGACACAGGCAGGCCAAAGGGUUUUGGUUUUGCAGAAUACCCCGACGCAGAUUCCGCCGCAUCGGCAGUAAGAAACCUGAACGACCACGAGAUCAUGGGUCGCAAGCUUCGUGUCGACUUCAGCAACGAGGGCGGGGCGGGAGGAGACGACUCUGGCCGCAACAACGACCGCGACAACGGCAACAACAACUACGCCCCAAACAACAACGCCAACAACAACAAUAACAGCAACUACAACCAGGGCCCUCCCAAUGGCAACGACUCCCAGUCCGCCGGUGGAGCCCUUCCCCCUCUGCCACCAGGCCGCGAGCUGCCCCCCGGCGUGACCUGCACCGACGCCAUCUCGCGCACCCUCAACACCCUGCCCCCGGCCCAGCUCCUCGACAUCCUCUCCUCCAUGAAGCAGCUCGCCACCACCGACCCGGCCCGCGCCACCGAGCUGCUGAACCAGGCCCCGCAGCUCUCCUACGCCGUCUUCCAGGCCCUGCUGCUCAUGGGCCUCGUCUCCCCGGAGGCCAUCAACGCCGUCCUCGAGCCCGGCGCCAACCCGCCCGCCGCUGCUGGCUACCCUCCUCCCGCGCAGCAGCCCGUUGGCUUCCCUGGCGUCGGCGCGACAAACACCCCGCCCGUGGCCGCCCCGAACCCCUACGCCCCGCCCCCCGUUGCCGCUGCGGCGCCGGCCCCCGCCGCGGUCCCCGCUGCUGGUCCCCCGGCUGCUGCUGGUGGUGCCUUUGGCGCCGCCGCCGGCCAGAACCCAGACGACCUGAUCCAGCAGGUUCUUUCGCUCCCCGAGGAGGUCAUAGCGCAGCUUCCCGAGGCAGAGAAGCAGACUAUUCUCCAGCUGCGGGCGCAGUACAGCGGUCAGCGGUGA